AUACGGAGGAGGAGGGGAAUGGCUUUCAUCCCAUGCCCCUCCGAAGAUCGGGGGCCUUCCGUGCCCACGCCCACAACCACAACCCCUUCAAGAGACACAGUUGGGGGCCAGGCAGGGAGCUCCGGGAUCCACUGAGCAGGAGCGAACCGCAGGCUUCGGGAUGUAUGGGCUGCCAGGAGGCCCCCUCAUCGCAGAGCCAAGAGGAGCUGGACGCUUUUCUGGGAUUGCAGUGCCAAGGUGGCCAGCCUUCCUGCGGGGGUCGGAGUUGCUGUCAUCCAUCUGCUGACCCUUUGGACCACUCGGCCACUGGCAUGCUUUCCAAGUCUGUAUCCAUGAGUGGCAUCAAUUGCCUCUUGGGCAGCUCUGAUCCAGCUGGGAAUUUAUACCAGUCCUCUGCCACUGACCUUAGCCAAAGCUGUGGCCAAUUGGAAGGAGGCUUGGGUACCUGGGUAGGCUCCCCGCUGCAGCGUACCUUCAGCUUCUUCCUGAGCAUGACCAGAAAGGCUAAGAAUCGGGAAAAGGAGAAGAUGAAGGAAGCCAAGGACGCCCGCUACACCAACGGGCACCUCUUCACCACCAUCUCCGUCUCGGGCAUGACCAUGUGCUAUGCCUGUAACAAGAGCAUCACAGCCAAGGAAGCCCUCAUCUGCCCAACCUGCAAUGUGACUAUCCACAACCGCUGUAAAGACACGCUCGCCAACUGUACCAAGGUCAAGCAGAAGCAACAGAAGGCUGCUCUGCUGAAGAACAGCACUGCUUUGCAGUCUGUUUCCCUUCGCAGUAAGACCACCCCCCGGGAGCGGCCAAGCUCUGCCAUCUACCCCUCUGACAGCUUCCGACAGUCCCUGCUCGGCUCCCGCCGUGGCCGCUCCUCCUUGUCAUUAGCCAAGAGUGUCUCUACCACCAACAUUGCCGGCCACUUCAGUGACGAGUCACCCCUGGGGCUGCGCCGAAUCCUGUCCCAGUCCACAGAUUCCCUCAACAUGCGGAACCGAGCCCUAUCAGUGGAGUCCCUCAUUGACGAAGGUGCAGAAGUGAUCUACAGUGAGCUCAUGAGUGACUUUGAGACAGAUGAGAGGGACUUUGCAGCCGACUCAUGGAGCUUGGCAGUAGACAGCAGCUUCCUGCAGCAGCAGAAGAAAGAGGUGAUGAAGCAGCAGGAUGUCAUCUACGAGCUCAUCCAGACGGAGCUGCACCAUGUGCGGACGCUGAAGAUCAUGACCCGCCUCUUCCGCACGGGGAUGCUAGAGGAGCUGCAGCUGGAGCCCGGAGUGGUCCAGGGUCUGUUCCCCUGCGUGGAUGAGCUCAGUGACAUCCACACACGCUUCCUCAGCCAGCUCCUAGAACGCCGACGCCAAGCCCUGUGCCCUGGAAGCACCCGGAACUUCGUCAUCCAUCGCCUGGCAGACCUGCUCAUCAGCCAGUUCUCAGGUCCCAGCGCGGAGCGGAUGCGUAAGGCCUACUCAGAGUUCUGCAGCCGCCACACUAAGGCCUUAAAGCUUUACAAGGAGCUAUAUGCCCGGGACAAAAGGUUCCAGCAGUUCAUCCGGAAGGUGACCCGAUCAGCUGUGCUGAAGCGUCAUGGGGUGCAGGAGUGCAUCCUGCUGGUGACCCAGCGCAUCACCAAGUACCCGGUACUCAUCAACCGGAUCCUACAGCAUUCCCAUGGGACCGACGAGGAGCGCCAGGACCUGACCACAGCACUGGGGCUGGUGAAGGAGCUCCUGUCCAAUGUAGACCAGGAUGUGCAUGAGCUGGAGAAAGGAGCUCGCCUGCAGGAGAUCUACCACCGGAUGGACCCUCGGGCCCAGGCCCCAGUGCCCAGCAAGGGCCCAUUUGGCAGAGAGGAGCUUCUGCGGCGCAAGCUCAUCCAUGAUGGUUGCCUGCUCUGGAAGACAGCGACAGGUCGCUUCAAAGAUGUGCUCAUGCUCCUGAUGACAGACGUGCUGGUAUUUCUCCAGGAGAAGGACCAGAAGUACAUCUUUCCUGCCCUGGACAAGCCCUCAGUGGUAUCACUGCAGAAUCUGAUUGUACGGGACAUCGCCAACCAGGAGAAAGGGAUGUUUCUGAUCAGUGCGGCGCCCCCUGAGAUGUAUGAGGUCCACACCGCAUCUCGGGAUGACCGGAGCACCUGGAUCCGGGUCAUUCAGCAGAGUGUGCGCGUAUGCCCAUCCAGAGAGGACUUCCCCCUGAUUGAGACAGAGGACGAGGCUUACCUGCGCCGAAUCAAGAUGGAGCUGCAACAGAAAGACAAGGCAUUGGUGGAGUUGCUGCGAGAGAAGGUGGGACUGUUUGCUGAGAUGACCCAUUUCCAAGUGGAGGAGGACAGUGGCGGGGUGGCCCUGCCCGCCCUACCCAGGGGUCUUUUCCGCUCCGAGUCCUUGGAGUGUCCUCGUGGCGAGCGGCUGCUGCAGGAUGCCAUCCGUGAGGUGGAGGGCCUCAAAGACCUCCUGGUGGGGCCUGGAGUAGAGCUGCUCCUGACACCGCGGGAUCCGGCCUUGCUUGUGGACCCAGACAGUGGCGGUAGCACGAGUCCUGGGGUCACAGCCAAUGGUGAGGCCAGAAACUUCAAUGGCUCCAUUGAGCUCUGUAGAACGGACUCUGACUCCAGUCAGAAGGACCGCAAUGGGAAUCAGUUGAGAGCCCCCCAGGAGGAAGCAUUACAGCGAUUGGUCAAUCUCUACGGACUCCUCCACGGCCUCCAGGCGGCCGUGGCCCAGCAGGACACCCUGAUGGAAGCCCGGUUCCCUGAGGGCCCUGAGCGGCGGGAGAAGCUGGCCCGAGCCAACUCCAGGGAUGGAGAGGCUGGCCGAGUGGGGCCCGCCCCAGUGGCACCCGACAAGCAGGCCACUGAGCUGGCGCUCCUGCAGCGGCAACAUGCUCUGCUGCAGGAGGAGCUGCGGCGCUGCCGGCGGCUGGGCGAGGAGCGCGCCACGGAGGCAGGCAACCUGGAGGCCCGGCUCCGCGAGAGUGAACAGGCCCGGGCCCUGCUGGAGAGGGAGGCGGAGGAGGCCCGCAGGCAGCUAGCCAUCUUGGGGCAGAGUGAGCCACCCCCGGUGGAGGCCCCCUGGGCCCGCAGGCCCUUGGACCCUCGGCGGCGCAGCCUCCCUGCAGGCGAUGCUCUGUACCUGAGCUUCACGCCCCCACAGCCCAGCCGAGGCCACGACCGUCUGGAUUUGUCUGUGACCAUUCGCUCUGUCCAUCGACCCUUUGAGGACCGAGAGAGGCAGGAGCUGGGCAGCCCCGAGGAGCGGCUGCAGGACAGCAGCGACCCUGAUACUGGCAGUGAGGAGGAAGGGGGCGGCCGCCUGUCCCCACCCCACAGUCCUCGAGAUUUCACCCGAAUGCAAGACAUCCCUGAAGAGACAGAGAGUCGUGACGGGGAGCCUAUGGUUUCAGAGAGCUAAGGGGGCCCCCACCUCUCGUCCUGCGCCCCCAGGAAGAACACACCGAGGGAGGCAAACUUGGGACUCUAACCUGCCAAUGGGAACAUUCUCAAGAACUGCUGAUGGUCCCUGCCAGCUGGCAGGCUCCUGGGACACCUGGGGCCAGUUGGGAAGCUGGAAGAGUUGGGCCACAGUGCCCCACUGCUGCACCAGGAGUAGCUAGUAUAGCUGGCAUCCAGGAGCUACACCACAGAUGCCAAUUUUUCAUGCCUUCUUCCCUCUACUUUAGGAAAAUUUAUUUAUUUAUUGUUUAUUAGUUACCCAGGGAGUGGGGGAGAUUUAGAGGACCAGGGACAUGGGAACCAAGCCAUAGGGAUCAGGGGGCCUUGAUCUGUAACACUACUGGGGUUUAUUCAGGCUUAACCAGGCAGCUGCUGGGUUCUAGCCCUGACACCCCUCCCCAAGAACACCCGUCUUUGAGGAGAGGCUGUGCCACGUGCACCUUGGGCCCUUCUAUUAGGGCCAUGGAUGGGGCCAUGUCCCCCUUCCCCGCUGACUGCUGUUCCCCUGUCUCUCCAUCCUCAGUGGAGACCCAGGGAAACCAUCUGGCCCUACAGAGUUGGGGGGUGAUGGAGUAGAGGUUGAGGUGGCUGCGAUGGCUCUGUUGGGGGGAGGGGUGAGGGGAAAUCCCAUGGGACCAGAAUGUUUUUUGUUGUUUUCUUUUUUGUACCAAAGCCAACUGCACGUGUUUUGUAUUUUUAAGAGAUGAUUGUAGGCAGUUAGAAAUCACAGCCUUCUAUCUCCACUUAUCAGAAGAGCUUGAGGGGUAGGGGGAUCCACGUCACCUCAUCUGCAGUAAUGGGGGACCUCUUCUGACCUCUUCUCCAGCCAUUUGAAAAAUAUGUUGUAGGGUGAGUUGGGCCAUCUCUGUGAACCCUGACCUCAUCCCCACCUCAGCAACCAUGACUGAAGCCUCAGUGUGAACUUGGGGGACUUUCUGGUAGACCCCCAGUGCCCACCAGCCCCAGCCAUUUUCUGCCAAUUUGAUUGUUUAAAACAAAAACAAAAACAAAAAACGAUAAAGCAGGGAAAAUUAAAGACCUGGAACCCCCA